UUUAUUUAACAAAUACUUCCGGAAUCUUUCUUACUUGAUGCGUAGUAUUUUAAAUUUAAACGUAUUGGUAUCCUUUUGCUGCACAUAAUAUACAUCGAAAUAAAGUUCAGAUGGCCUGACCUAGUAAUUUUGCAGAAACACAUAUAAUGGCUGGAUUGUGCAAUCUUGAGGGCAAAAUUGCUCUUAUUACUGGUGCCAGUUCUGGUAUAGGACAAGGAACUGCGAUCUUGUUUGCAAAACUUGGUGCGAAACUUGCAAUCACAGGUAGAAAUGAGGAAAAUUUGCGGAAAACAGCUGAUGAAUGUGAAAAACAAUGUGGAAUAAAGCCACUGAUGAUAGUAGCAGACCUUGCAAAGGAAAGUGAUAUACAAAAAGUUAUAGAUGAUACCAUCAAAGGUUACAGAAGUAUUGAUAUUUUAGUUAAUAAUGCCGGUAUUGGUAUGAUGGGAGGUAUUGAGACAUUGACCCCUCAACAGUAUGAUGAAGUGAUGAAUAUAAAUACGAGAUCGAUUUUCCUUCUAACAAAGCUGUCUGUUCCACAUCUUAAUCAGAAUGGCAGUAUAAUUAACGUAUCUACCAAUGUUACGAUUGGUCCGGUUCCUUCAUUAUUAGCAUACGGCAUGUCGAAAUGUGCAUUAGAUUACUUGACAAAAAAUGUAGCAGUAGAACUUGCACCGAGGAAGAUCAGAGUUAAUAGUGUAAACCCAGGGAUAAUAGUAACAGAAGUCCAUAGACGAAUGGGCAUGGAUGAAGAUACCUAUCAAAAUCAAGUACUUGGCCGCUGUCAGAAUAUAAAUGCCUUAGGAAGAACCGGACAAGUCAAUGAAGUGGCAGAUUUAAUAGCUUUCUUGGCAUCAGAUAACUCAUCUUUUAUUACCGGAGCAAUUAUCCCUAUUGAUGGUGGAGCAAACAUAAUAACAGCGACAUAA